AUGUUUUCACUACCGGCCGCAAGGCAAAUAAAGGAUAUGAGUACGUGGGGAGAAGCAUGGGAUAAACGUUUAAUUGAUGAAAAAGUGGGGUUUUAUCCAUAUGAAGAAUUUGAUGACGUUAAGGAAAUCGCUGAUGGUUCAUUUGGUAAUGUCUAUCGGGCUAACUGGAAAACCUCUGACAAAGUGGUCGUAAUAAAGAGUUUUGGAAAUUAUAACCAAAAUGCAAAACAAGUUAUUAAAGAUUUAAAGGCAUUGAAUUGUGAACAUGCAAAUUUUAUUCGAUUAUAUGGUCUGACCAAAAUAGAAAAUAAAGAUGAAGAAAACACAUCAAAAUAUCUUCUAAUUCUUGAAUGUGCGAAUGGUGGAACAUUACGUCAAUAUUUAAAGGAUCGGGUUCAAACUUUUGAUUGGCAUAUAAGAUUAAAUUUCUCUUUACAAAUAACCGGAGCUGUACAAUUUUUACACGAAAAGAAUAUAGUGCAUGUAUUUGCACUUAAAGCUCUAGAAAUUAAAAAGAAAACAUCUAUGCAUGAUCAAAAUUAUCUUGCUCGAGACUUAGACAUUAAGAAUCGAUUAAGUAUCGGUACUGAUAUUAAUUCACUCCGAAGUAUGCUGGGACAAUUGGCUUUAACACAUACCACUGAGCCAUCGAUUUUUAGACCUAAACCUUCAAACUUGGAUCCGUUGUUGAUUGAUUCAACCACAACCACCACCACUGCUUCAACUACGCUCAACACUCCUACACAACCAACUUCAGGACCGUCCGAAAUAAAUCCCGGGGUUUCAAUUGAACCAGAUGUCACCACCACAAGCUUUAAAUCUAAAAAUAAUGAACCACCAAUGUUUGAAAAAGAACAAAUUCAAGUUUUUGUUGAAGAGCCAAUAUCUACGAAAACGACUGAAACUAUUGAUAAUCAUGUAAUUGAUUCUAAAAAAUAUGAUUUUAUUUCUAAACUGGAAAAUAAACUUGAAAUCCCCAAAAAGGAAAUUCAAAAGCCAUUACCUGAAAAACUGCCAGAUAAAGAAUCUGAAAACAUUAAUUCUAAAGUAACAACUACAAUAGCCAUGAUGACUAAAAAAUCAGAGCCCGAUAAACUUACAUCAGAGCCAUCAAAGAAUGUUCCUUCAACUCCUUCUAAAAAAGUCGAAUCCUUGGCCAAUGGUUUAAACCAAAAGAUCUUAAAAACCGAAGAAGUGAAAAUUGGUUCUGAUGAGAAAAAAGUAAAUAAAGAAGAGUCACCAUCACUAAAUAAAAAACAAAAUCCUAAUCCUAUCAAUCCUAUUGACAAUGUUGUUACAAAAGAAAUUAAAAACACUUCAUCAUCAAAUAAUGGUGGUAUAUCAAUUAUUAAAAAAAGACUUUCAUUAUCAUUAAAUAACGACAGCAAUAGCACAAUUCCAAAACUCAUCAAAGAACCUAUCGUUAAUAGUUCUUCUAUUGCUAAACUUAAGUCAGACUUGGAAAACAAUAGUGCAAACGACAAAACAGAGAAAGUCCCGUUAGGAAAUCAGUCAAUGAAUAAAUUAAAUAAAGAUUUUUCGUUGGUUAAUGGCUCUUCAACUCCAAAGUCAGAUAAAGAAACAACAACAGCGAAUAAAUUAAACCCCAUUUCUGAAUUUCAACAAAAAGAAGAUACAGCGACACAGAAUACCGAUUCAUCACUACUUCUUGGUUUAGGAAAUUCUGUAAAAAAUUUUAAAGAUAAACUUGAGCCCCCUGCACCAACAAAGCCUAAUCCUCCUUCUACAAAAUCAGUAAAGAGUAGGAGAAUAAGCAUUUCAUCAGCUAAAUCUGACGAUUCCUCUAAAGGAGAUAUUUAUACACCACCAAAAUUAUCAAGGAGAAUAUCUAUUAAAAAAUCUGAUAUACCUACCAGGCCUGACUUUCCACGAUUAAAAAAUUUGUCACAAAUUAUUAUUCAAAGAACUGAAAGUGCCUUAACAAUCAAAAGUUCUUCAAAAUCUAAAUCAUCAUGGAUAUCUGAAACUCAGAUUAAUUCCAAUGGGACCAUCGAUGAUAUAGCUCAAACUCCAUUAUCAUAUAACACAACAAAUCAUAAUGGUGAGAAAGGUGAUGGAGAAUUUGUUAACAUAGAGUCGCCUUUAGAUCAUCUCUCUUUGUUAGUUAGAGGUGGUAAUAUUUUACCAUUGCAAUACCCUGGACUAACAACAAAAUCUUCACGAAAAUCAAAUUUCUAUUUAAUUAUUGCAUUGGAUGAAUCCGGCUACUCAACCGGAAAUCUCUAUUUGGACGAUGGAGAAUCUUUGACAGUUGAACAAAAUUAUUCUUAUAUAAAUUACAAAGUAUUGGAUCAUGCUAAUUUAAUAUCAAAUUCUAAAUUCUACGGUUACAAAUUAUCAUCAAAUCAAGUCAUUGAUAAAUUAGUAAUCAUGAAU